CUUACAUUUAAGCACCUGAAGGCAGCAUGAUUUCAACCAGGAAACAAAUCAAGCAAAUUCACGUCUGAAAACGUCUGAGUCUGAAAACAGUUUUUAAAGCUUCCUGUGACCUCUGACCUCCACCAUGAUAUCCACGUCCAUCACCAGGGGCGAUGGAGUCGUGGUCGUCACUCAGGUCAUUCCUGUGGGUGAAAACUCCAUCCUGCUCCAGACCCCUGCUGCUGCCACUGCCCAACAGGCCCCGCCCACUUCCCCCACCUCUGCUGCUAAGGUGGACGACAUGACCGCCACCUUCCUGCGGGGGCAGCCACACGGCCUCGGGGUUGUUCAGAUCUUCAUCGGUGUGCUGUGUAACCUCUUAAGUCUGACCGCCAUCUUCUCAGAGCUGCUGAUGGUCUACGUUCCGUUCUGCUUCGCCGUCGCCUUUGUGGUUUCUGGCUCUCUGACUCUGGCGGCGGGAAGUCGGACUUCAGUGGCACUGGUCUGGGCGUCUCUGGUGUCCAACAUGUUCAGCGCCAUAAUCAGCCUGGCGGGCGUGGUCUACCUGUGCGGGCUGCUGGCUGUCCAACCCCUGUUCAACAAGAUGGACGUAACGAUUCGGUGGAACAGUAGCAUGGGGAUUCUGGAUGUGGUCAUGAACGGACUUCUGUCCUCCGUCCUGGUUCUGCUCGUCCUCCAGCUCUGCGUCUCCAUCACUGUCUUUGUGUUCUCCGGGAAAGCCAUCAGACGCCAGAGCUGCGCGCCAGGCCCCUCCCCCUUCAUGGUGAGGGUCGAUGAUUGCCACAGUCUGCCGUCUGGUGUGUUGGAGCACGGCAGCAACGUUGCCCUGUUGGGCGACUACGUGGAAAAGUCUGGACUGUCCCCAAACACACCAUGAGAGGGGAGGAGGAGCCUCUGAAUACCACUACAAAUACUACAAUAAUACUGCAGUAAAACUACAGCAGAGUACUAUCAUACCGUCAUUAUAUCCUGUAAUCAUCUUUUCUUCUUGUAGUCGACAUGUUACACUGCAUUCUGCGUAAUUUAGGGGUUAAUGUGCCACAGUCUUGAUUGUGUUUAAAUAUGAAUCAGACGAUAAAGAGAAGAACUGAUGCAGUCGACCGUCAGAGAGAGAGAGAGAGAGAGAGAGAGAGAGAGAACGUUCUCAAACACAAAUCAUCAAAUAUUAAAUCAUCAAAUAUUAAAUAUGUUUUCUCUUUACAUGUUGUUAAAGCUGAACUCACAUAAAGACGCUGCAGGUGAAGAAUGACGUGUUGGUGUUCUGACGUUUCUUCCAAGUUCAAAUUAAACUGACUUUUCUUUUAA